ACAAAACAAACUAGUUUCUAAGGAUUAUGUCUGCGAGUCAGGAUUCCCGAUCCAGAGACAAUGGCCCUGAUGGGAUGGAGCCCGAAGGCGUCAUCGAGAGUAACUGGAAUGAGAUUGUUGACAGCUUUGAUGACAUGAACCUCUCGGAGUCCCUUCUCCAUGGCAUCUAUGCCUAUGGUUUUGAGAAGCCUUCUGCCAACCAGCAGCGAGCCAUUCUACCUUGUAUCAAGGGUUAUGACGUGAUCGCUCAAGCCCAAUCUGGGACUGGGAAAACAGCCACAUUUGCCAUAUCGAUUCUGCAGCAGAUUGAAUUAGAUCUAAAGGCCACCCAGGCCUUGGUCCUAGCACCCACUCGAGAAUUGGCUCAGCAGAUACAGAAGGUGGCCAUGGCACUAGGAGACUACAUGGGUGCCUCCUGUCACGCCUGUAUUGGGGGCACCAGUGUUCGUGCUGAGGUGCAGAAACUGCAGAUGGAAGCUCCCCACAUCAUCGUGGGAACCCCUGGCCGUGUGUCUGAUAUGCUUAACCGGGUAUACCUGUCUCCCAAAUACAUCAAAAUGUUUGUACUGGACGAAGCUGAUGAAAUGUUAAGCCGUGGAUUCAAGGACCAGAUCUAUGACAUAUUCCAAAAGCUCAACAGCAACACCCAGGUAGCUUUACUGUCAGCUACAAUGCCUUCUGAUGUGCUUGAGGUGACCAAGAAGUUCAUGAGGGACCUUCAGAUUCUUGUCAAGAAGGAAGAACUGACCUUGGAGUGUAUCCACCAAUUCUACAUCAAUGUGGAACGAGAGGAAUGGAAGCUGGACACAUGGUGUGACUUGUAUGAAACCCUGACCAUCACCCAGGCAGUCAUCUUCAUCAACACCCGAAGGAAGGUGGACUGGCUCACUGAGAAGAUGCAUGCUCGAGAUUUCACUGUCUCUGCCAUGCAUGGAGAUAUGGACCAAAAGGAACGAGAUGUGAUCAUGAGGGAGUUUCGAUCUGGCUCUAGCAGAGUUUUGAUUACCACAGACCUGCUGGCCAGAGGCAUCAAUGUGCAGCAGAUUUCUUUAGUCAUCACCUAUGACCUUCCCACCAACAGGGAAAACUAUAUCCACAGAAUUGGUCGAGGUGGACGGUUUGGCCGUAAGGGUGUGGCUAUUAACAUGGUGACAGAAGAAGACAAAUGGACUCUUUGAGACAUAGAGACCUUCUACAACACCUCCAUUGAGGAAAUGCCCCUCAAUGUUGCUAACCUCAACUGAGGGGCUGUCCUGCCA